UUGUGAGGUGCAGCAGCGGAGUGAACUUGUGGAUGCUUUAUCUAUACCCGAAGACACUUUGGAUAUCUUAUAAUUGGCAUACAUGUACUAGGUCAAUUUCCUAGUUUGUGCGUAACUGUGUUGGAACAUUGUAUGCGAGUUGUUGUGCGCAUUAAUUUCCAGGGAAUUAAAACUGCAUUUUGAAUAAGAAACGUCAUUUAAGGCCUGCCUUACAAUAGGACACAACUAUUCAAGAAUAACGUUUACAAUGCUACCAGUUGCGCUUUUGUUGCUGUUCCUUUUUGCGCACUUGGACACUUUUACGCACGCUUGUCAGUUACCAUCCGAGUGGCGUCCAUUGAGCGAAGGUUGCCGGGCUGAACUUGCGGAGAUUAUCAUUUAUGCCCGUGUUUUGGCCAUUCAUCGGGAGACACUGAGCAGCGCGGGGGGACUGUAUAACUCGCUGCCGUUUGGUUUGGGAUAUGGAUACGAGAGCGCGGAGGAAGGGUUGCUGUACUCCGCUGAAGUGGAGCUGUUGUGUGACCAGGCGUGGGGCAGCAUGCUGGAGGUCCCCACCGGGUCUAGGCUCAACCUGACCGGGCUGGGCUACCUCUCCUGUCAGUCCCACACGGUGAUGGAGAACUACUCCUACUUCUUCUUUCUGAGGAUGGACGAAAACUACAACCUCCUCCCACAUGGGGUCAACUUCCAGGAUGCUAUCUUCAUGGACACAGCUGAAAACAGACGCACUUUCUCCAGUCUCUUCCAGUUUUCCAACUGUAGCUUGGCACAGCAGCCGCUGCACCAAUACAGCCCUGAAUGGGAUGCACAGGAAGACAACAGAUUAAUGUGCUCUUCAGUCCAAGCCGCUCUGUUCGAAGAGGAAGAAAAGAGCAGAAAACUUCAGGAGCGUCUAUCCACAGCAGAGAAGAGGAACCGCCAACUCAAAGAGCGCGUGAAAAAAGUCAAAAGAUCUUUAAAAAACGCUCGUAAAGCCACUCAGAAUGCCGAGGAGGAGCUGCGAGUGCUACAGGAGAGACUGUCAGCUGCAGAGAGGAGAGCUGGACAUCAUCUCAAUGCAAUUGCCCAGCCCCAGUCCCCCAGGUACAAAAGCAGAGGGGACAGGCAGCAGAUGAAUCUAUGAAUGGACUACAGCAGGAGGAGGGGGCUGCUGGGCGGUCUCAAUGAGGAUAAUACAGGAUUCUGAAAAGAAUUUGCAGUUUGUAUUUUAUUUUGUUGUAACCAUUG